AUUUUGUUUUCUUUUUACAACUGUGUGUAUAUAUACACAUAUAGAAAAUAUCAAAUUUAUUUUAAUAUAAAUUUCAAUUAACAAUUAAUUAAAAAUGUCCAGCGAUUCUAACCAGGAAAAUGAUCAACAAAACAAUGAAGCUGGCAACAAGGAACAGACCGGCAAUGAUAAAAAACCUUUGUCAUUUAAAGACUGGAAAAGUUUAAAGGAAAGCCAGAAUAAACCUCAAGAAAAAACACAAAAUUCUAAAAAUAAAAAUGCUAAUAAAACUAAUAACAAUAAUAUAAGCAAAGAUAAUAGAAAUGGUGAUCGAAAUGACUUUAAUGGUAACGUAAGGAAUUUCAAUGGUCAGGGAGGCGGUAAUUUCUUUAAUGGUGAUCAACGUCUGCCCGGUUUUAUGCCACCAAAUAAUUUUUUUGGCAUGAAUAAUUUCAACAACAGUCGUAUGAAUAACAAUUUUAAUGCUAAUUUUGGCAUGGGUGGAAAUAAUAACAAUAACUGUUUCGGAGCCUCCAAUAAUGGUUUUAAUAAUACUAAUGGCUUCGGUUUUAAUAACUAUAAUAGUUCCAACUUUAACAACAACAAUAAUAACAACUUUAAUAGUCCCAACGCUUUUGGCGUUAAUAAUAAGUUACCUAAUGGUCCUAAUAGAUUAAAUGGGCCCAACAUUGAUUUACCAGACAAUUUUUUCGCCUCUGAUGGCAUUUAUCGUCAAAAGGAUAUGAUGCAAAAGCCUUUGCCUCCCAGUCAUAAUCCCUUUAAAAACGAUCAGAAAGCCAAUGAAUUAUUAAAAGAAUUCGAUCGUAGUCGUUAUACCAGAGAAGAGAAAAAGAAGAAAAAAUCCAAGAAAUCUGCUGGAGAUAACAAAAAAUCCGACAAAAACAAUGGGCAAGGAUCUAACGUAGUUAUAAAUAACGAACCUAAAGUAUAUAUACCCAAUCCCAAGGCGAGACAAGAUGGCAAGCCUUUUAUACCUAAACCAAAAAUACCCGAGGAAAAUCUGGAAAUCAGUAAAGAAGAGAAAAAACAACAAUGGAAAGAAUAUAGAGAGGCUAUGAAACCGUUUAAGAAUCGAGAAUUUUACAAUGCUAAGCGUGUGGUACAGCGUCUGGGUAAGAUACCAGUUAGUGAGUUGGAAGAAAGACAAUUAUUACGUUUAGCCAAUGCUCGAGAGAUUAUGGCCAAUCAUAAACAACAUUUAACUGAGAAAUACGGCAAUUAUGUUAAAGCUGAUGAUAGUUCUAAUGAAAUGGGUGAACUGUAUGUACUGAAGAAAAAUCCUCCCAGGGAUAUGGGAUACUUUAAGCCAACUUUGCAAAAUACAGGCAAUUUUGGUGAACACGAAGAGGGUAGAAAAAUUUUGGGAGGUUAUGGUGGUUUUAAGGGUUUCGUAUCGGGUGGUAUGCUAGAGCGUCCGACGACUACAUUUGGUAUGGAUUGAAUAUUAUAUGAAAGUAAUUAUUAAAUCAACUUGCAAGAGGAUGUGGGUAGUCAUAAAGUACAAUGUCAUAGUGUGUAUGGAUACAAAAUGCUAAAUGAGAAAUUUGCUAAUGAUUUUAAAGACCUUAAAAGCUGCCUGAACUAUAUUAGUUUUACGAAUUCCUUUGUAAUUAGUCAUGAUAUAAAGAACUAUGAAACAACAGUAUCCUACAAAGCUAAUGCUGGCAUUUCGAUAUAAGGUAAAUUAGGAUACUUCGCGUUGGUGGCGAAGACUAGUCUGUAGGUUAUCAAAUAGUUCAACGAUAAUAUCAAAAAUUUCUUAAAUUCUGCGGUAGUUUUUCCUAGACGGAUGACAAUGGACUUCAUGAUACUCCAAUAAAUUUUAAUCGUAUUUAAAAACAAUAUUUUUCAUUAGAACCAAUAAAAUGUAUAAUUUAAGAGAACAAA